GAUUUGAUAAAUCAACUUAUAAAUAUUUAUGGGAACUUGCUGAACAAACUACGUCAGAUGUAACUGGAGUUAUGGUUAUCGAUGAAUUCGAAUAUUGGGAAAAACUUCCGAACGAUUUCGUCGAGCCGUGGUACAGCACAUUAUGUCACGAGUAUCGACAUUUAAAAAAAGAUGAAUUGCCAGAUGGUGUCGAGUUUGGAAUUACGUACAAAUCAAUUUCCAUUAAUCCACCGGCAUAUCUUAAAUACCUUUUCAGUGCUUUCACUUUUUUAGGUGGCACCACGGAAAGCAAAAAUAUAACUGAUAUAAAUGAAUGUGUUAAAGAAGACACUGAUAUUGUGAUCAAUUGUUCAGGCCUUUAUUCACAUGAAUUAGGAGGU